CAGGAAGAGGAAGUUCUCACUCACAUUAUAUUUCUGUGUCUCUCAGUGAGACGCUCAGACAGCAGGAAGACAUCAUGGAGGUCACAGCGCUCUGCAGCCGACUGCUGACGUGUGUGAUCAUUCUGCUGGGUGCACAUAUUCAGAAGAGCUCUUUGCAAAACUAUGACGCUUUGCUCAUUGUCACAGAGAGACUGCAGCUCUUUGAAUACGAGCCCUUCUCUUUUCUCUGCGAGGGUCUUGGCUCUGCUCUGAGGGGGUUUAGGAACAACAAUGAGUUAAUUCAGAGUUGUUAUAAUAUUGCUUCAUCAACACUGAACUGUACCAUUCAACAGGCCUAUGAUUCAGACAGCGGGGUUUACUGGUGUGAGGACGAGAAAGGAGAGAAGAGCAACUCCAUCAACAUCAAGGUCACCGCUGGCUCUGUGAUCCUGGAGAGUCCUGUGCUUCCUGUGAUGGAGGGAGAAUCUGUGACUCUGAGCUGCAGGAACAAGACGACCACUUCCUCCUUCCUCUCAGCUGACUUCUAUAAAGAUGGCCGUCUCAUCAGAACCAGCCAUACAGGAAUCAUAACAUUCAAAAAUGUUUCUAAAUCUGAUGAAGGACUCUACAAGUGCAGCAUCUCUGACGGUGGAGAAUCACCAGAGAGCCGGUUUGCUGUCAUACGGACAGUGAGGUCUGAGAGCAACAACAGCAAUAAGAAUGAAACACAGGAUAGGACAGACGCUGCUGAUAAUCCGAGCCUCAGCAUCGAGACGGACCACAGCCGAAACCCACAAACUGAAGCAGGUGAACCUUCAUUUGAACCAGUUUACUCUGCGUUGGUUUUAAAUGAGACUCCACGAGCUCACGAAUCAGGAUUUAAAAACUCACCCUCAGCAGAGGAUCCUCUCUACGCCCCCGUGAUGAAGGACUCGUUCGGCAAGUUGAGAGUCGCUCCGUCAGAUUAG